AUGGCGCUGUCACCGCCUGGGCAGGACGUGCCGCAGCAGGAUUUGCCCCGGGGCCACCUUUCAGCCGAGCUGGGCGAGCCCGCGGUGCCUCAGCCGCCCGGAGAUUGCGGCUCUGCCAGCGAGGGCAACGCCCGAUCCUCCAGGGCUGCGUUUGCGGGGUCGCCCCCUCUCUGUGCCCCCACAGAUCUGUACACAGCCCCCGACUCGUGCGAGGGCCGCUGCGGGGAGCCCUUCAGCGAGGAGGACGAGUGUCACUGUCACCCCGAGUGCGUGGCACACAACAACUGCUGCGAGGACCACGAGAGGCACUGCGGGCCCGGUGCCGAAGGCGCCGAGGAUGGAGCUCGAAGCCGCGCCGGGUCCUCCCGCAGCAGCGAUGCCAUCACGGAGCAGGAGCUGCUGGAGCUCUCGGAGCAGCUUUACGGGCUGGAUCACAACAAAGCCCGGCCCGGCGACAUCGCCAUCAACCCCCAGCACCUGGCGGGCCCCGAGGAGACCGGGGACAAGCAGGACCGGUCCCCGCAGCCGCUCUACAAAUACGUGAACGAGGAGCUCUUCUCCAAGCCCACCUACGCCAGCUUCAUUAAGCUGCUGGAUAAUUACCAGAGGGCCACGGGCAGGGAGGAGGAGGUGACGGCCGAGGAGCUGCAGGAGCAGGAGCGUUUCCUGGAGGAGGUGAUGAAAACGGAGCUCAUGAAGAAACUCUUCGUGUUCCUGCAGGGAAAAAAUCGCUACGGCUCGGAGCAGGAGUUCCUGCAGGACCUGGCGCAGAUGUGGUUCGGGCUGUACUCCCGAGGGGACGGAGAGCGCGACUCCAGCGGCUUCGAGCACGUUUUCUCAGGGGAGGUGAAAAAGGGGAAAGUGUCUGGAUUUCACAACUGGAUCCGCUUCUACCUCCUGGAAAAGCAGGGGGUCGUCAACUACUUCAGCCACAACUUCAACGGGCCGUGGGACUCGUACCCCGACGUGCUGGGGCUCCAGUUCAGCUGGGACGGCUUCUACAAGGAGGUGGGCUCGGCUUUCAUCGGCUGCAGCCCCGAGUUCGAGUUCGGCCUCUACUCCCUCUGCUUCCUCGCACGGCCCGGCCGGGCAUGCCACCUGAGCCUGGGCGGGCACCGCCUCAGCAUCCAGACCUACCCCUGGACCAAAUCCACCUACGGCGGCGGCAGGAGGUUCAUCGCCACCGCCUACGUGAUGUCGACCUGA